CAAUUCUACAACAGCAGCACGAGCCGUCCGUUACAAAAUGCUUCCGUAGUUUACCGUACAACAUUAGUGCACGAGAUUUUAUGUUGAAAAUAUUAUUAUUUUACAUUUGUUAAAAAAAGAAAAGAUUUAGAAGGAAUAGAUUAAGGAUAGCAAAGCGUGCUAACAAUAAAUAACGCGUUAGCUUAGCAGAUUUACUCCAAAACAGCUAGUUAGGAGCUAACGUACAGUGACGUUAACUGCUCACUUACUAGAUUAAACCAUUAUGGCAAGUCAGAGACCCCCAUCAGGCAGGCCUAUGAGCCGUAGUUCUUUAGUCCCGGGGACUGCAAGACCUCCAACUGGCGUCAGACCUCCACAGACAGCGUUCAGAGUGGGAACAGGGACGGUGCCAGGUACUGGACGUCCAGGGACCAGGGCUGGGGCCACUGCCACGACGGGUGUGUUAUCAGCUCAGAUUAAAGUGACCGAUCGUCCUGUCACGCAACAGGGUCUCAGUGGAAUGAAGAGCGGCGGGAAAGGACCCCAGAGGCAAAUCCUGGAUAAGUCCUACUACCUUGGUUUACUCCGGAGUAAAAUAAAUGAGCUUACAACCGAGAACAGCAAGCUACAGAAGGAGAUCGACGUCUUCAACCAGGAGAACUCGGUUUACCUGUCGUAUGAAAAAAGAGCCGAGAGCCUUGCUGGGGAAAUAAAGGAUCUACAGGGGCAACUGGCGGACUACAACAUGCUGGUUGACAAACUGAACACCAACACAGAAAUGGAUGAAGUAAUGAAUGAAAUCAGCAUGCUGAAAGUACAGAACGACCGAGAAGCCCAAAGCAUAGACGCCAUAUUCACAGAGAGAAGAGAAAAGGAGGACUCGAUCCAUGCUAUAGAGGAAGAAAUUGAAAGGGAGAAGCAGGCAGCAGAUGACAUAGUGAAAAAAAUGCCCCCAGAGAAACAAGCCAGGUUUGCUGAGAUGAACGCUAUCAACGAGGAGCUGCUACAGGAGCUGGCAACACGUCAGGACGAGCUGGACGCACUGAUGACCAGGAAGGAAACAUUAGAGGCUGAGUUGGAACACUCUCGGGUGAAGCAGGAGGCCGUAGUGCUGUAUGAGCGGCUGCACGAUCUGGAGCUGCGCCGAGACACCCUGCAGGCUGAAGACAAGAGCAUGAUCUCUCCACAGGAAGAAAGAGAACGCCUGUUGAAACAGGUGAAAGAAGAUAAUCAAGAAAUUGCCAGCAUGGAGCGGCAACUGACUGAAACACGGGAAAAAAUAAACCGCCUCAAGGAAGAGUUGCGACAAGUUGACAUGGACAUGGAGGACCAUCAAGGUGAACGAACCCAAAAGUACAAAGAGCUGCAGAAAAAAGAAGAGGAAAUUGACACUUACCUGGAGACGUUUGACACCAAUCAAGCGCAGGGGAUGGAGCACAUUCAGGAGACUCAGGCCAACAUCGUGGCUCUACUGGAACAGUCUAGCAGGAUGAUGAAUCGUUUGAAUCAGCUUUCGGCCGUCAGCCCCCACGAGCUCAAGUCCAUGCAGGAGGACCUCAGCUUUAAAGAGACGGAGAUGCAGAAAUCUCAGAGUACAGCCAAGGGACUGUCUUCUGAGUGCGAGCGUCUGCAGCAGGACCUGCUGAACGUCGAGCGGCUGGAAGGGAAAGUGCAAGUCGAGAUGAACUCUCUGAAAGAAAAGAUCCAGGAGAUGACUGAAGGACUGAAGACAUACAGGGAUCUGGAUGCCCUGAAAGCCUCUGGAGAGCACAAGAUGAAGAUGUUGCAGAAAGAAAGAGUGUCUCUAACAGAGAGGAGAGACGCCUUUAAGAAGGUCAAUCACAAGAUGAAUGAGGAAUACCAGACUCUUACGGCACAGUUACAGGAGAACGAGACUCACGCACAGCUAUCGAAUCUGGAAAGGAAGUGGCAACACCUUGAACAGAACAACUUUGUUAUGAAAGAGUUCAUCGCCUCUAAAGGCAUGGAGAGCGAUUACCGGCCCGUGAAGAAGAAUGUCACCAAGCAGCUGUCUGAAUACAAUAAGAUCCUCAUGGAUGCUUUGCAGGGCACCAAAAACUGAGCACCACUUCCUGCCUCCCGCAACCGCCAUUACGGCUCUGCGACUUCAUCACUGACUCACUUCCUGUGCAGGACUGCUCUCCUACUCAACAUUCCAUAGGCAUGGCACACGUGCCGUAGAGAUUAGAGAUGAUCCCGGUGGUAACCCCCCCCGCCCCCCAAAAAAAGACACACACACACACACACACACACACACUCUGUCUUUCUCAGAUUUAUCUGUGACAGCUCUUUGAUGGCAAGUACACAGACUCAGAUGCGUAGAGUCAUUAAAUUACUUUACACCCUAUGGCAUCCAAAGUUGAAUUUUCUGUAAAGUUCUACACUUAAUGUCACUGAAUGCAGCAAUACACUUUGUUAUGAAUUAAUGUCCUGUUUAGUCUGUGAAUGACAUUUUUAGGAAAAAAUGGCAUGAUGUGUAAUUUCCAGAUGUUGGCAAGCCUCAGGCGUCGGUGCAGUAAGGGGUUAAUGGCAGACAGGAAGAGCGGUGGCCGAUAACACUAUUGUUUUAAUGUUAUUGGUUUCCGCGUUGCUUUAUCAGAGAAGGGGGUUGCCUAGUGUUCUCCUCAGAUUCAUUAAUCUCUCAUCCUCUCACCCACCCUGUUGUCUGCUUUGUGUGUGCGCACUUAGAGCCUCUCUCUCUUCUCUUAUGAACACUGCUGUAUGCAGUGAUUUCCCCCUCAGAAGCAUGAUCUUCAUCCUUUCCCCAUUACACGAGCACCUCACAUGGAUAGAAGCCAGAGUUAUGGGAGACAUAGUGGCAAUGGGAGAGGUGCAAGAGGUUGGGGUAUUAUCCUCAAAGCCAGAGCCAUUGUGACUUCUUUUCACCUCAAAAAUACCAAAUCUUGGUACUUGGCAUCAGAAAACUGGAACUGUGCUUUUUUUUAAAAAAAAAAGAAAAGAAAAGAAAAAUUUGAAUAAUGUAUUGAACAUCAGUCCAGAAUCAAAGGUUGUACAUUUUUUGGUGUUUGGUCAAUAACUUAAUUCACAGCCCUUUGGUCAAAACCAUAACCCUCGAGUGAUAACCAUAACUGAUAUGGUUUUAAUGAUUCGGUAUUACCAUUGAAUAAUUUUCUCUAGAGUCUUUAUUUUUCAGGAUAUUUCAGGCCCUGAAAUUAGCCACGCCCCUAUACGGUAUGUAACAGCCCUACUCCUAUACCUAGCCCUAUACCUGUUUUUCUUCCAAAAAGCACUUCACGUAGUAGUGUCGGGAAGAAUUGUCAAAAAUGUUUUCAUUGCUUUGGAAUAGACAGAAAAGGAAAAAAGCUACUCUCAAGCUUAAGUUAUAGGUGAUAUACUGUACAUGUAGAAUAAAAUGCUGUAAAACAAUUGUUGCCUUGGGGUGGGAUGGGAAGGUGGAUGGUAUUUGCUAGUGGGGGUUCAAAUACAAAAAGCAGUCUAUAAGAGAGCCACUACUGCAAAAUGCUUGCAGUCAAACUGUUACUUCAGCUCCAAACACAAUCUUUCAGUACCUUUUUAGAAGAAGCUUUGACUUAUUGACUUAUGGUGACUUUUGUGAAAACGGUAGAAAUAAUAAACAUUUUCAUGUUUUAUUGUUAA